AUGGAGGGUUCCACCACCCAGGACGCAGCUCAAAUCUCCAUAACAUCGAGUCCCAAGCCGGGUGUAUCGCUGCGCGAGAACAUCAGCGUUGAUUCUGAAAAUGUUAGCCAUGCUUCCCCUCCACUACUCUGGAGCAGGAUCAGGGGUUACUGUCGCGAAGCGUUUUCUGAGUUCUUCGGUACUAUGAUCCUGGUUCUCUUUGGCGAUGGCGUCGUCGCCCAAGUUACACUCAGUCAUGGUGAGAAGGGUAACUAUCAAUCUAUCUCCUGGGGCUGGGGCCUCGGAGUCAUGCUAGGAGUCUACGCCAGCGGUGUCUCAGGGUCGCACAUCAACCCCGCCGUCACAUUGGCCAGCUGCGUCCUGCGCAAGUUUCCCUGGCGCAAGUGGCCCAUCUACGCCGCCGCCCAGGUCCUCGGCGCCAUGUGCGCGGCGGCCAUCAUCUACGGAAACUACCGAUCAGCGAUCGACGUCUACGAGGGCGGUGCCGACAUCAGAACAGUGCCAGGCUACUCGGACACGGCGACCGCUGGCAUCUUCUGCACAUACCCGGCCCCAUUCAUGACGCGGACAGGCCAGUUCUUCUCCGAGUUCAUCGCCAGCGCCAUCCUCAUGUUCAUGAUCUUUGCGCUGAAGGACGAUGCUAAUCUCGGGGCUGGCCGCUUAUUCCCGCUGGGGCUCUUCUUCGUCAUCUUUGGCAUCGGUGCCUGCUUUGGCUGGGAGACUGGGUAUGCGAUCAACCUGGCGAGGGACUUUGGUCCGAGACUCGUCACGUAUAUGAUCGGGUAUGGACCGGAGGUGUGGCAGGCAGGCAAUUAUUACUUCUGGGUCCCAAUGGUCGCCCCUUUCCUCGGUUGUACCUUCGGAGGCUGGAUCUAUGAUAUGUUCCUCUACAUCGGAGAGGAUAGUCCCGUCAACACCCCAUUCAUAGGCCUACGGCGGCUAGUUCGACCUGUCGGUCGAAUGCACAAUGACGGGCAGAGCCACGUCUAG